UUGGGGUUUGGGUUGUAGUUGGGGUUAGGUUAUGGUUUGUAUUAGUUUUUGGUUUGGGUUUUGUCAGGGCUGAACUUGAGAGUUUAGGUAUCUUCAGAUACCUUGCGUGGCAAAACCAGGCACAAAGAGUUCAAACUGAGUUCAAACGCCAUAUUUUAUUUCCAGGCAGGUUUACUAGUAUUGUGACUUGUACAAGCUAGCAUCUGAUUGGACGUUCUGAUGAUUGUAUUCCAUUGUUUCAUUUAAGGAAGAAACAACAAGCUGCGCCUCUGAACCAAAGGGCGGAAUAAUCAUCAGGAAGCAGAAUGGAAAGAGUUGACCUGUUAGACCAGCUCAGACGACGGGUCCUCACGUGGAAGAGUCCUUGCUUGUUCGGGUGUAGUCGAGCGUGUAGCGACAAAUUCCAACAACCAGCUAGACUUCCGUCCUCCGUCGUCUCUCGAAGCCUAGAGGGGGCGUCGCCGGGCAUACGAGAGCCAGAGAUGGAAUGGCGGAUUUAGUUUCACCCCCGUCCCUCCAAGAGUGCUGAAGGGAGGUCUGCUUCCCAACCUGCAGACCAGCAGAGGACCCCACCACAAUCCUCCUAAUGAUGGAAAAUCAACGCUCCAUUGAGCCGCUGACGUUCCUGACUGUUUACAUAAGAUUCCGUUCAUUUAGUCCAAUCAACACACAUAGCUAGUUUUGUUAGCAUCGAGUCAAGAUGACGAAUGUCAUCUUAUUAAAAAUGCAUCAUUGGCGUUGUUGCCUUCAAGGACACCAGGAAAAGGUCAGCGUUUUUUAGGACUGACAUUUCUUUAGCAAUGCUUCCCAUAAUCAGUUCCCAGUUCGACAUGUCCAAAAGGAGUAGGAAGAAGCAAAGCUUAUUAAAUCCUACCCCUCCAUCUGGUACUUACAAUCACUGUUACAUUUGUUCACUUCCUGCUUUCCUAAUAUAGUUUUUUUUUCUAUCUAAUAUCACUAACAUUUUACUAAAAUUUCAAAAAAAUCACUAAAAAUGUAGUUUUUAAAAAAUUUAUUUAAUUUUUUUUCGUCUUUCUUAUUUAUUUAUUUGGACUUAGAAUCUUGGAUCCUGGUCUUCAACCAGGACAACCUUUCUGAUCAUCAGGUUUAGCACUCAUUGUUAGCUGGUCUGUGGUGGUAGUAGUAGUAGAAGUAGAAGUAGUAGCAGCAGUAGCUGUGGCAGCAAUACUAGAAAUAGUAGCAGCAAUACUAGAAGUAGCAGCAGCAAUAAUAGAAGUAGCAGCAGCAGCAGGAACGGCGGUAGGCUCCUCCCAGACCCGAGCAAGGAGAAGGAGACCCCAGGGAGGAGGCUCUCAGUCCCGAGCCGGCAUCCAUGCCGACACCCCGCCGCUUCUAGUCCGACCCUUCAGUCCCCGAUCCAGAAUGAGGGUUUUUAUUUUGCCGCUGUCCUGGCUGCUGCCGCUGGCCUUGGCGGAGGCCAUCCACGAACUGUACAGCUUCGGCCAGCAGGACUUGUUCCCCCGGAAGAGGAACUGCAAAGCCAUCCCCGCCAACCUGCUGCUGUGCCGCGGCAUCGAGUACGCGGACAUGCGUCUGCCCAACCUGCUGGGACACGAAACCAUGAGCGAGGUCCUGCAGCAGGCGACCUCCUGGAUCCCGCUGGUGCAGAAGCAGUGCCACCCGGACACCCGGAAGUUCCUGUGCUCGCUCUUCGCCCCGGUGUGCCUGGACGACCUGGACGAGCCCAUCCGACCCUGCCGCUCCCUGUGCGAGGGCGUCAAGCGCGGUUGCGCGCCCGUCAUGUCCGCCUUCGGCUUCCCGUGGCCCAAAAUGCUGGACUGCGAUCGAUUCCCGCCGGACAACGACCUGUGCAUCCCUCCCGUCGGCAUCGACGACGCGGGGGCCGUCACCGAGGAAGUGCCCCGAGUGUGUGACGCCUGCAAGGAAACGGACGACAACGACAACGAAAUUGUAGACAACUUGUGUAAAAAUGACUUUGCCCUGAAAAUCAAAGUGAAGGAGAUCUCGUACAUCAACGGCGACACCAAGAUCGUUCCGGAGAGCAAGAGCAAGACCAUCUACAAGCUGCACGGCGUGAGCGAGCGCGACCUGAGGAAGACGGUGCUGUGGCUGAAGGACGGCCUGCAGUGCGUCUGCCAGGAGAUGAAUGACAUCAACGCCGCCUACCUGGUCAUGGGCCAGAAGAUGGGCGGCCACCUGGUCAUCACCUCGCUCAAGCGCUGGCAGAAGGGCCAGCGGGAGUUCAGGAGGAUCUCACGCAGCAUUCGCAAGUUGCAGUGCUAAAAAGAAGACCACCAAAAACUCAGAUGUUGCCAACGCCUCAGUAAGACCAAUUCCUAUUGGCCGCCUGUCUUAGAGGUCGCUAGAUGUCGUCAUUGGCUUAUUUGCGUGUCAUUGACAUGUGACGUAACGGAUGCUAAAACGUAGGAGCGACCUAAAAACACUUAAAUGACGUUAAAAACGACAAAUAAACUUUAGCCCGAGUCCUAACCCUAACAAACAUUUACGUUUUACGUCCCGCUCGGUAAAACAGGGCGAGAUCCACGAAUCGCAUGGAAAUUGAUGGAUGCCUCGAUCUCUACUUUGGGGGCGGGCGGACCCCUCGGCAGCACCCGCUGCCACUCAGCAAGACCACAAAAAUGCACAACAAUAUGUGCUUGAACUUUUAAGUCCCCAAAUAGCAGUUAACUCUUCAACGGCGCCAGGAAAAAAGUCUGUGCAUGGACUAUAGGGGUGUUAUUUCAUGCCGGAAGGCUCUAAUAAUGUAAAAAAAAAAAAAGUCCUAAAUUUGUUUUCUAUGCUGCCUUUAGUAACCAAAUGAGUGAUAAAGGAGGGACGGUUGUGUCGUUGAUUUGUUGGCGUUCUAAAUGGUUGAAAUAGCGUUAAGUAGAACUUAUACCAGAUGCCUUGUUUACUGCUUUUUUUUUUACGAUUUAUUACCGUCACUAUUUUUAUUCUUUGACUCAUCAUCACCGACACAACGAUGCUGAAGAAAAAGUUUACAAAAGAAGAAAUCAAAUCGAAUCAGCCGAUGGACGUGUUGUAGAAUCUCCAGCGUAUAUUUCGUGAAACUUUACCGUCAAGUUUGUGAUUUGUUCCCUGUUUUUUUUUACGUUUGAGGCCAAAUGAGUCGUGGGAGUCCCUCAGUCCGUACCAUUUCUACCACUUUGGACUUUCAGUAAAGCUUCCAUUGGCUUAUCUUUAACUUACCAAAGAAAAAAUCCUAUUGAUUGAGUUUGUGGAGCAUUUUAAUAAACUUUUACCUUCUUAUGCUACCGUAAAGGCUCCACUUGUCAUCUUUAUUUAGCUUUACUUAGCAUUCAUUGGAAGCAAGCAAUAUUUGGAGGGAGGCUGUUAUUGCCUGAGGGAAAAAAUCGCAUAUAUAAUUAGUUCCUUUCUUGAUGUGAAUAAUGAUUGGGGAUGCAUGAGACAAUGGAUCAACAAGCAUAUACGUAAAUACGACAGCAGCAGCACAACCAAUGUUGUAAUUACGGUACGGAGCAAUGAUGACUGACAGCGUACAGCUAGAUAAUCAUGAUAUUUCAAGUCUGUUAUUGAUAUUUGUUAUGCUAAUUAGAGACCCGAACGCUUGUUGACGUUUUUAAAAAAAAUCCAACACUGCCACCUACUGGUAGAAAAAGGAAUACAGAGCAAUGGCAGCCAUUCUUGUUCUCAUCACGUUUUAAACAUGAAUUUAUGAUCAUUGUUGCUUAUAUCCUGUAUUUUAUUAUAAUUGUAUGAAUAAAUCAUAAUGAUAUCACAUGA